AUGGCCGAGCAGAUCAGCAGUCGGAAGCUAGGCCGGAGGCCGGGACAGGCAAAACUAGACCUUCUGCUAGUUGGAGAUGCCACAAGAUACUUCCUGGCUGGCUCUGUGCAGAAAUUCUUCUCCAACGCAGUACAGAUCACGCUGACCAUUAGCAACAUGAGGAAGGUGGCCGCGCUUUUGGCUGCUAACUCAUUUGACAUAAUUUUCUUGAAGGUGACUUCCACCCUAACUGUGGAGGAGCAGGAGGUCGUCAAGUUAAUUAGAUCUGACAAGCAGAAAAACACAAAUUUGCUGUUUGUUUUUAUAAUACCCGAAAGACUUAGAGAUUAUGUUUCAGAGUAUGGAGCUGAUAUUAGUUUCAAUGAGCCGCUGACCUUGGAAAAAGUGAAUGUAGUGAUAAAGUACUGGAAGACAUUUUGCACCAAUAUGGACGUGGACAGCCCUGCAAUGUCUCUAGAAUAUGGACUGUACCUCCAGGCCUCCUGCAGUGAACUUGGGGGACAAUUUUCUUCGGAUCUGUUUCUUUGCUCCAAGAUGCUGAAGAAUGAUUCUGAGCUUGGACUAAAAGCCCUGUCGCCUAGUCUGGAAAGAAACAGAAAGGCUUCUGUUCUUCACUCAAGCAAGGAAAAGCUGAGGAGAGAACGCAUCAAGUUUUGUUGCGAGCAGCUGCGCACUCUCCUGCCGUAUGUCAAGGGGAGGAAGAGCGACGUGGCUUCGGUUAUUGAGGCGACGGUUGAUUAUGUGAAGCGUGUCCGGGACAGCAUGUCUCCAGCCACCAUGGCCCAGAUUACAGAAUCCCUUCAGAGCAAUAAAAGAUUUUCCAAGAGACAAAUGCCCAUCGAGCUGUUCCUUCCAUGUGCAGCCGCAUCGCAGAGGGAAACUGGUAUGCUGACAAGCACUUAUUCACCUGUGCAAGAGAUCCAGCUCCUGGCUGAUCAGUGCUUGAAUGUGUUUACUAUGCCUGCUGCAGGAGGACCUUCGGAGGAAGCUGGGAGAGGUCAGUCAGGCUCUAGCUCAGAGAGCCCUAUUGAAAAUCAUCGUAAAACUGGAGUCCCCAGUGCAGCCCUCUCUCUUAACUCCAUCCGUGCUGUGAGAUACUCUUCUGGACCUGUCUCUCCCCACAAUGCCGCUGCCAGACCGAAUAAGAACAUUUCCGUUUAUUUACCAUCCACUGUGGCCAACUUUCUUCCUCAUCAUUGCAAUUCCAUGCUUUGCCAAACAUGCCCAACCAAUCCCAACUGUCUGUGCGCUCCAGGCCAUGAGCUCGCGGCCACUUCUAAUGCUGCCUCAUCCGGCAUCUUACGUGGGUUCUGCAAGUCAGACCCAGAUCACCAGGAUUCUCAGGAUCCUCCUGUACCCACCGAGCCAUCUCUGCAGCCUCAAGAGAAGAGUUACUUUUACAAAAAGUAAAUAUUUGAGAGCAUGUAGGUUUACUUGCCUGAAGACUCUAGUUGGCUUUGUAAACUUUCACGAUACAGAAAUGCAUUUGUGACAUUGUGAGUAAGAAUGAGCUAGUUUUCAUUUAA